AUUCAAUGAACGUUUAGUUUGUGUUCGACAAUCGCACAGUACGGAAGUAAAUUGUUCUCUUCAUUGAGUGAAUAAAUAAAGCGAAUUUUAAUUAAAGCAAAAAAUUUAUAAUCAAAAAACCGGAUUCAUAUUUCAAUAAACACUCAGCGGCAUUUAAGAAUUAGUUUUUUGAGCAGAGAAAAAAAAUAUUUUUUUUCUUUCUUUUGGUGUUUAACUUGUGUUUUAACAUUUUGCCGGCGUAUAACUAUUUUUUGCGACUAAUUUAAAUAAAAAAUAUUUUGGAAAUCGAAAAUGUCAGCAUCACCGAUUGCCCGCCAAGCAUGCUCGCAUGCACAGACGAUACCAUCGAAACGUGUUCUUGUAACAGAUGCCAGCCAGUUGCCCGAACUAUAUUCGUCGACGCCUGGUGGAACUUUGUAUUCAACCACUCCAGGAGGAACCCGAAUCAUUUACGAGCGUGCAUUCCUCAUGAAUUUGAAAAAUUCUCCACUCAGCCGAACACCUCCCAGUAACGUACCCAGUGGUCUGCUACGAGGUCAUCCCAACGUACCAAUAUCCAUAAAACAAUCGCUACCAUCGAGACAGGCACCGAAGCCGAAAAUUGAUGAUCCUCAGGAGCAAUUCGAAAUAGAUCUUUAAGUAGAAUUAAGGGAUUCGUUUAGCUUUUAAGGACAAUUUUGUUGUUAAGUUUACUAUUAAGUUUAUUAUAAAGUUUCAUUUUUUGUUAAUGAAAGAUUCAUGCACAUAAAUUGACAAUUUCGGAAUUGUUAUUUUUUUGUAAUUAAGGAUGAAGAAAACAAAUUUUCAAUUAUAAAAUUAAUAAAAUAAGACUUCAGCCCUAUGU